AGUUUGCCCAAAGAAAAAAGCCAUGACAACUCAGCAUUUCCUUCGUGUGUGCACAUUGUGCGCGCUCCCGCCCGCCCCCUGACUCUUGAUUUUGUCCAGCACUAAAUCACCUGAGCAUCUCAGACAGAAACGUUGGACGUUUUUAGGUAAACAAUGAGACUAUCAAUCGCUUUUCGUUAUGCCCAUCGGACCCACGCCAAGACACAACGAUCAACAACCGACGUUUUAAAAGUUUUACACCCGGAAAACAGAUUUAUGCCGGAUAAUACUGCUGUUUCACAUCCAGCCGCUCGAAAAUUUAGUUCAAAUACCGGUAGCAUCUCAAGUGAAACGGUAGCGGGUUUUAAAAGUCAUCCACGGAAAAUCGAUGGACCUGGGCAUGAAACUAUCAUUGGUGAUGUCAUUCAGAGGAGCAGAGAGGAGCUCAAAGCUAUUAAAGAAAUUCACCAAGGCCUUAAACCUACACUGGCCAUUAUACAGGCUGGUGAAGAUGACAGUUUGCUGGAGAUAAAUAAGAAGAUGGCUGGAAAGAUUGGUUUGAAUAUGAUGCAGAUUUGUCUACCACGCCAGUGCACGGAGUCAGAGGUGUUAGAGGAGAUCUUAAAGUUAAAUGAGGAUUCUCGUGUUCAUGGUGUAUUUUUGCACCUGCCUCACACUUUCCUGUCCAGUACUGUCCGUAAUGCUAUCAAACCAAAGAAGGAUGUGGAUGGAGUUUCUGAUCUUAAUGUUGGCCGUGUGGUGUUGGGAGAUCAGGAAGAGGGCUUUAUAUCACCUGUAGCGGAGGCUGUCCUGGAGAUGCUCACCAGAAAUGAUGCAGCACUUGUUGGCAAGAUGGCAGUGCUGGUGGGAGUGGAGGGGCCCCUGAAAGUGACUCUUCAGUUUUUGCUGCAAAAAAAUGGCAUGAUGGUGCAGACCUGUCAGUGGCACUCUGAGAUCCUGCAGAAACAGGUCCAGGAAUCAGACGUUGUGGUCCUGUUGGAGACGGGGCUUGAUAGUAUUCCACCCACCUGGAUAAGACCAGGGGUGCCAGUCAUCAACCUUGGAUUCACCCUAGCAAGAGAAAACUCUGACAGCUGGGAUCACGGGGUUGAAGCUGAUCUCUCUGUUGGGUCUUUAAGUGCUGCUCUCAGAAUGCAGCAUGUAGUGAGAAGCAGCAGUAGGUGGAUGCAAGAACAACAGUACCAGCCGUGGAGGCUCCGCCCACUAAAACUUCAACCAUUGUCCCCUGUGCCUUGUGACAUUGAGAUCUCCAGGGCACAGACCCCCAAGCCCAUAACUCGACUGUCUGAGGAGAUCGGGUUGCUUCCGGAGGAACUAGAGGCCUAUGGUAGCACCAAAGCCAAGGUCCACCUGUCUCUCCUCGACCGCCUCCAAAAUCAGCCUGAUGGCAAAUACGUCCUGGUUGCAGGUAUAACUCCCACUCCUCUGGGUGAGGGCAAGAGUACAGUGACCAUUGGUCUGGUUCAGGCCCUUUCCGCUCAUCUCAAGCUGAAUGCCUUCGCCUGCUUGCGACAGCCUUCCCAGGGCCCGACCUUUGGAGUCAAAGGAGGAGCAGCGGGAGGGGGAUACGCACAGGUCAUUCCUAUGGAGGAGUUUAAUCUACACCUCACAGGUGACAUUCACGCUAUAACUGCAGCCAACAAUCUAGUUGCAGCAGCUAUUGAUGCUCGCAUUUUCCAUGAAGCCACCCAGUCAGACAAGGCCCUGUACAACAGACUGGUGCCAACUGUAAAUGGUGUGAGACACUUCUCUCCUAUACAGCUGUCUCGUUUACAGCGUCUUGGAAUAAACAAAUCUGACCCUGAUGCCCUGACAUCACAAGAGGUCAACUCAUUUGUCCGUCUUGACCUUGACCCUGAAAAGGUCACAUGGCAGAGAGUUGUUGAUACCAAUGACCGAUUUCUGCGAAAGAUCACCAUUGGCCAGGCCAACACUGAAAAAGGCCACGCCCGCCAGACCCAGUUUGAUAUAGCUGUGGCCAGUGAGAUCAUGGCUAUCCUGGCUCUGACCGAUGGCCUGGCUGACAUGAGGGCCAGGUUGGGACGUAUGGUCGUGGGCAGCAGCAGAAACGGACAGCCGAUCACUGCAGAUGACCUGGGUGUAACCGGGGCUUUGGCAGUCCUCAUGAAAGAUGCUAUUAAACCCACACUGAUGCAGACAGUGGAGGGCACCCCAGUGUUUGUGCAUGCCGGACCUUUCGCUAACAUCGCCCAUGGAAACUCCUCCGUCCUGGCAGACAAGCUGGCCCUCAAACUAGUAGGAGAAGAAGGAUACGUCGUGACGGAGGCUGGCUUCGGUGCUGAUAUUGGCAUGGAGAAGUUCUUCAACAUUAAGUGCCGGACGUCUGGACUGAGGCCUAAUGUUGUGGUGCUGGUAGCCACUGUCAGGGCUUUGAAGAUGCAUGGUGGUGGGCCAAAUGUUACAGCUGGUGUACCGCUGCCUAAGGAAUAUGUUGAUGAGAAUCUGCAGUUGGUUGCGGAGGGCUGCAGUAACCUGACAAAGCAGAUUCAAAACGCUCAUCUCUUUGGGGUUCCUGUGGUUGUGGCUCUGAAUAUAUUCAAGACUGACACUCAAGCAGAGAUCGAUCUUGUUUGUCGCAUCGCAAAGGAUUCUGGGGCCUCAGCUGCUGUGCCGUGCUAUCAUUGGUCAAGAGGUGGGCGGGGCACGGUAGAGUUGGCACAUGCUGUUAAAGAAGCUGCAUCUCAGGAGAGCCAUUUCAGAUUCCUCUAUAGUCUUCAGGAUCCUAUUGUGGAGAAGAUUCGGACAAUUGCGCAGAAGGUUUAUGGUGCGGAUGACAUUGAGUUGUCACCUGAGGCUAAAACUAAGAUUGACUACUACAAUGAACAGGGUUUUGGUGCUCUACCCAUCUGCAUGGCCAAGACCCACCUGUCUCUUUCUCACAUGCCACAGAAAAAGGGCGUUCCCACUGGUUUUGUCCUGCCAAUAAGAGAUGUCCGUGCCAGCAUCGGUGCAGGGUUUAUCUACCCUUUAGUUGGAACGAUGAGUACCAUGCCAGGAUUACCUACACGGCCCUGUUUCUAUGACAUUGACCUUGAUCCAGUUACAGAAGAGAUUAAAGGACUCUUCUGAAGGUGCCUUGAAUGGUGUUUGCAGUGUCUGUGGGCCUCCAUUCAUAAGCAAGUUAUGAUCCACUCAUCCACUGCCUUCUGCUAACGUACCAAUGAGAAUUUUAAACUUUUAAAUGUUCAUUUUAAUGCGGGUGAUAGUUUUUAAUAGAUUUAAGUCUUAAAUAUUCUUUCAUGAAUUUUUAAUUUAACAGUAAAUGUGCUUAAUUUUUUUGUUUCCAGAAGUAAAGAUUUACAUGAACAUACUUAAGCCUGGUUUCACAAAAGCCAGGAGUAAGCCUUGGCUAAAUUAAGAUGUUUUACUUCCGGUUUCACAGACAAGGCUUAAGGUCCUAGACUAAGACGCAUGUUUGAGCUGUUUCAACUGAAAAUAACAGAUCCUAAAAUGUGCCAGUGCCACUGAUUUCUCUCAAGAUACACACCAGUUACGCCAUGUUUAUAAACGAUGCUUAAAUGCCUUAAUUAAAGGUUUAGUCCUGGCUUUAGCUAGGGCUUAAGCAUCUUACAUAAACAUGCCUUAGAAAAAGAUGUUACUGGGUAUUCCUGAGAUAAAUCAAUGGCACUGGCAUAUUUGCAAGUUAUUUUUAGAUGAUACAAUUCAAACAUGUGUUUUAGUCUAAGACCAGCCUUAAGCCUUGUCUGUGAAACCGGGGUUACUGUUUACAGUUCAGUGACGCACAACAUUUUCCAUGCACAUAAUUGUCUUUAGUGUUUUAGAUUACUUGAAGUAUCUAAACCGUGUUCAAGUGAAUGCAUUUAUUUAUUUUUAUUUGAACACCGUCUAGUCUUUUUUGUUAGAUUUUUUACUUUCAUUAAAACAUUUUAUUUUUAUUUUCACUUCAAUUUUAAAUAUUUGUUCAGCAAAUUGUUACAGAUAUCCUAAUGUCUAAGCUGCUCUCUUUUUUUUUGGACGCUAAACCUAAAACAAGCUUCCAGGUGUUGUCAGUGGUUCAUUUGAGACACCUGUUCUUUCUCUCUUUCUUUCUGUCUCUCUUUUAUAAAGAAUGUAAAUGCACGUGUAGAUAAAACAUACUUCUCAUUACGCGUGUUAGCACCUUUUGAACAUGCAUGCAUGCAAGUACAUGCCAGAAAAUCUUGCUUCAAAAAUUCCACUGUUAUCUGUAAUUCAGAGUCUUUAACUACAGUCUGCUACGUGAGCAAAGAGAAGAAUUCCAUUGACUUUUGCAAUAGCUGUGUGUGUGUCUGAAAACCUGUAUUUUUUUAGUGUUGAGUGAGAAAGCUGGCGGUGAAAAGGGCAGUUGAAGGAAUAAAACGUUUUAAGGUUUUGAAUAAACAUAAGAAAAUUAUAUAAAAUAACCACUCUUACAAAUUACUUAAACCAGAGGUCUUCAACCUUUUUCAGGCCCCUUAAUGGAUAGGAGGAGGAGCGGGGACCCCCAGUACAUGUAACAAUUUAAACUGGAAUUACAUAAUAACAAAAUAAUAAAAUCAUAUUUUUUGUCAUAUUACAUAACAUUUAACUGAAUAGAUUUUUUUGUGCACUGUCAAAAAUAAAGUUACAAAGCUGUCACUUGGGCAGUACCCUUUAAAAAGGUCCUAAUAUGUACCAUUUAUGUACAAAUAUGUACCUUUGAAGUACUAAUAUGCACUCUUUGGGUACAAAGGUGUACCUUUUUGAAAGGGUACUGUCCCAGUGACAACUUUUGUACCUUUAUUUCUGAGAGUGUGGGAAUGUUAUACUCUUCAUUUUAGAGCGUAGUUUUAAUGCAUUUUGCAUGCCUAAUUUCAUUUUUCAAAAUAUUGCAUAAAACAAUGUAUGCAAACAAUAUUUGGAGGACCCUUAGCAAUACCACCAUGGACCCCCUGUUGAAGACCCAUGACUUUAACACAUUAUAAGUGUGGGAGGAAGAGUCAGGUUUCAACUACUGUAUGUUUAGGGCACAAGAUUUUUUAGGUAGGGAUUCAGUUGGGAGAUAGAAGUUAUCAUUAACUUUGUUCUGGCACAACAAAAGUCAGUGGAAAGUCGCACUACAAUAACAAAUGUGUGUGAAUGAGUUUGUGAAUGCUUUAAUAUGUGUGUAUGUGUAUGUGGGAGUUUAUAAAUUACUAAGCCAUAUUGUCAAGACGCACACAAAGAAAAAAAAUCUUUCUUGCUCUUUAUUAAGAAAUGUGUCAAAGAGUAGACGGCCGGUACCCACAGUGUUUUUCCAUUUUUACACCUCUACAGGAAGCAGUCCAUUCAGAGAUAGCUAUACUCAUUCAUGCCAUUUUCAAUGAGAGGCCUAUUUCUUCAGUCAUUGAGGACACUCAUAAUAAGUUCACCAACUCAGCUUGCUGUCUACUCUAAUUCUUACAAAAACUUGUAAUCUCUUCUUCUGUUUCGAUGUUUCCCUGUAGAGCGCACCUAUAGAGUUGUGGUUUUGGGUACCCACAAUGCACAGGCAGCAGUCUGAAGGUUAUUAUUGUCCUUUUGUUGCAUUUUUGUUUCUUACUGUUUGAUGUUGUGAAAAGGAAUAUAGAGAGUGUGUGUGGUAGGAAUGAAGAGGAAGGAAAUGUAUUUGGUGUAUUCAUACAUGGAUUGAUUUCUUAUGCUGCUCUUUUGACCUUUGUAAGGGAUUUUGUAUGGUUACCGUGUCAGAAGCCAAUAGGGAUUUAUUAGGCUUUAACUUUAAACCUAAUGAACUGGCUUGUAUGCAGUUUUUGACAUCGUAGCUAUGCUGCCUUCUAAGAUUGUUUGAUAUCCGUCAGCUUCCUGUGUAUUCUUUGAUAAGAGUGUAACAGUACAUUGUGAUGAAUAAAAUAUUUUCUUCCAAGAAUUCAAGAGACAUGUAAUCUGUGAAUAUAAACACAUUCUUAUUCAAUAUCGAAAAGCAGGGAGUCUAUUAUACCUGAUAUUUACAUUCAUGCCUGCCUUAUCAUUCUUGUCUGUCGGCUUGCUUAUA